AGAUAUAAACAUUGCUGGAUCAAAACGGGAUUAUCAAACGAACGUGACCAAAAAUAAAGUUGUAGGUUGUGCCAACAGAUGUGAAACUUACAAGAGUAAGCAUAACAUGACAUCAGAUAAAUAAACAAACAAAUAAAYAAACAAAUAACACAAACCAAAGCACCACAUGUCCUCUGAACCAUCUCCAGAUUMCUUCAGCUCUUUUUCCUCUACAUUUUCUAACUCAGCCUAUACCCAUCAUGUGCAUUUGCAUAAACAGUUCCUUACUUUUUGACCUUGAAGCAAACUAAUGCGGACUACACAUUAAUUUAUAAUGGUGUCAGUGCGGUUUAUGGGUUAGUUACUGUGUUACUAAGUUUAUGACCGUCAGGGAGGGAUGGGGCCUUGAAGGCAGCACUUCCUCAGUCCAUCCUGCUGAAUAACAACACGGUGUCUCUCUGCCGCUCAGCCUCCAGUUUGUGUGCAGGGCUAAGUGUGGUUAGCUCAGCAGCUAGCUGCAGCUCCCCAGGCCACAGCGACCGGCGUUUGGUGCAUCAUCCCCGGCUCCCCGGCUUCUUCCUCUUUCAGCCAUGGCGUUGGUAACACUGCAGCGGUCCCCGACCCCGAGUGCCGCUUCCACAGCCAGCACGGCUACCACGACCGCGGGGGAGGAUUUUGGGAGUGAAGACGAACGGCGAAUAAAUCAGAGCCUGAGUGAGAGUUUCUUUAUGGUGAAGGGCGCUGCUCUCUUCUUGCAGCAGGGAAGCAGCCAGCAGGGCCAAAGAGCACAUCCUCCUCACAAACAUGCAGGUGACUUACCUCAACACCUGCAGGUGAUGAUAAACAUUCUCCGCUCAGAAGACAGAAUCAAACUGGCGGUACGUCUGGAAAGUGGAUGGUCAGAUCGUGUUCGGUACAUGGUUGUGGUGUAUACCAGCGGGCGACAGGACACAGAGGAGAACAUUCUUUUAGGGAUCGACUUCAUCAAUAAAGACUGCAAAAGCUGUUCGGUCGGCAUGGUGCUACCUCUGUGGAGCGACACAAAGAUCCAUCUGGAUGGAGACGGGGGUUUUACCGUGAACACGGCGAGUCGGACUCAUGUCUUCAAACCCGUGUCGGUGCAGGCAAUGUGGUCAGCCUUGCAAGUGCUGCACAAAGCUUGUGAGGUGUCGCGAAGGUUUAACUACUUCCCUGGAGGAAUGGCUCUCACCUGGACGGGCUACUAUGAGAGCUGCAUCACUUCAGACCAGAGCUGCAUAAACGAGUGGAACGCCAUGAAAGACUUGGAGACCACGCGACCUGACUCACCCACCAUGUUUGUCGACAAGCCUUCAGAAAGAGAAAGGACAGAGUGCCUUAUUAAAGCCAAACUCAGAAGCAUCAUGACAUCCCAGGACCUAGAGAAUGUCACCUGCAAACAGAUCCGCACAGAGUUGGAGCAGCACAUGAACUGCAACUUGAAGGAGUACAAAGAGUUCAUUGACAAUGAGAUGCUGCUCAUCCUUGGCCAGAUGGACAAAGCUACUCUCAUUUUUGACCACGUCUACCUGGGAUCUGAAUGGAAUGCAUCUAAUUUGGAGGAGCUGCAGGAGACAGGGGUGGGUUACAUCCUCAAUGUGACCAGGGAGAUUGACAACUUCUUUCCAGGGACGUUCUGUUAUCACAACGUUCGUGUGUACGAUGAAGAGGCCACCGACCUGCUGGCACACUGGAACGAUACGUACAACUUCAUUGUGAAAGCAAAAAAAAACGACUCAAAGUGUCUCGUUCACUGCAAGAUGGGCGUCAGUCGGUCUGCCUCCACUGUCAUCGCUUACGCCAUGAAGGAGUACGGCUGGUCGCUGGAGAGAGCUUACAACAUUGUGAAACAGAAGAGGAACAUCACUCGACCCAACCCCGGUUUCAUGAGACAGCUGGCAGAGUAUGAGGGCAUUUUAGAUGCCAGCAAACAGCGACACAACAAGCUGUGGCAUCCAGAUGCAGACUGUGAGAUGGCAGAGGGUCAGCAGGGGUUGUCUCAGUGUUGUGGAGAAGAAGGAGAGCAUGUGGGUCUGGAGCCAGGAAUGUCUCCCUGCUGCGAGGAGGUGCUGCCCGACAAAGGUGCAGCAUGCCCCUCCCCAUGCAGGGCCGUUGCCCUUGACAUCGAUCCCGCCUACAACAACUACUACUUCCGCCGACUCCCUGACUCGGCUCUGGACAGCGAACCGUCAACGCCGGUGCGUGGUCCGCCCCUCCUCGGCAUGGAAAAGGUCUUUAUAGAAAUUGAAGACGUGGAACGAGACGCCCUGCUGGACGACGAGGCUUUCGACGGACGAGAAGGCCUUCCCCUCCCCCACUUUGGGCCCACUGCAGAGGGGACCGCCGCACAGACCUGCAGCCGAGGCCCCGAGCCCCUGGAGGAGCUGCGUCUCAGGCUGGAGUUCAGCACCGUGGAGGAAGAGGAUGAGGAGGACAUACGGAAGGAGGAAGCAGAGAUGGAGGUGCUGAUGCAGCCAGACGAUGGGGGAGGUGGGGAUGAAACACAGGAUGUGGAAGUAGAGGGAGAUGCAGAAGGUUUCGGGAUGGAUCUGGCGACCCUCAAUGAAAAUUCCAACAACAACAACAACAACAACCGUUGGAGCACUCAAUAUGAAAACGCUUCCUCCACCCCUCUUCCAAGAGAGGCUUCUAUGCUGUUUGGGUGUGAUCAGAAAGAAGAAUCUUCAGACCCAGGUUUUUGCCUUAAUCCCUGCUCUCCUCCUUUACUCCAAAGUGCUUCGUUCCUACAGUUUCAUUCCUCUGCUGACGGUCUGCGGGGCCCUUGUGGGCCUCCGUGUGAAAGUGCCAACUGUUCAGCCUGCCUACCCAGUGCUUCACAUGAGAAACAGCCAGGAGAAUCACUGCAUUUAGUUCAGCCUGUGGACAAUGGCGAUCGCUGGACAGAUAACGCCGAGCUUGAUGACGCCCAGUCUGCAGCUGCCUCGGAGGUUCUCCCAGAGCUGGUGAGGGCAGAUCUGAAGGAAGCAACGCCUGCAGUGGCUUGUUACGUGGGCCAACAACAGGAGAGCCUCUUACAGCUGCGUCGUUCUGGGCUGGUCCGCCGUCGCGCCGAAAGGCUGGAGAGACUUUCAGGGCUGUCUGAGCAGAGCCUGCACUCUCUGAAGCCUUUCCACGCACGCCAAAAGUCCAGGAAGAGUUCCUCUCAACACGACRACGACGACGAGUUCUCCAGCUUCCCAGGGAACUUUGCUAAAUCAACACCAUCCCAAGUGCGGUUAGAACCUCUGAUGGUGCCACUGACCAAUGAAGCCUUGUUAGGGRUGGUGGGGUCUGGGUUGCUCACCCCCACCUCCACCCUGACACGCAGCUCCAGCAGCGACAGCCUGCGCAGCGUCAGGGGGAAGCCCGGCCUCGUGCGUCAGAGGGCACAGGAAAUCGAGACCCGCAUGCGACUCGCGGGCCUCACCGUGUCCUCGAAGCUGAAGAGGUCCAACUCUCUAGCCAAGCUGGGCAGCCUCGACUUCUCCUGCGAGGACCUGUGCUCAGUCUGCUCCUCAGAUGCGGGGACGCUGCUGCUGCUGUCUCUGUCGCCAGAAACAGACCCGGGCAUGGAGUGGGACUCCCCCGCCGCCUCGGCGCUGUCACCGCCCUGCAAGAGCUUGCACACUCCAGAGAGAGCCCUUCCAGGUGAGCCCAGAAGCUGACAAAUGACGUGGAGAUCCUACAUAUUUAUCUACUCCAUUCACAUUUUCAUCCAGCACACUGUGGGACUGGAGAACCCUGCACAGAUUUUCAAAACAAAAGGAGGAAAUAAAACAAGAACAAAAAUAAUAAUAAUGCCAACUGUUUUAUAAGGAGGAUACACUUCUUUGGCCACAUUGCUUCUUAAACUGCUGUUCAGAAUAAUGAGUCAUAUUGCUGUAUUUGACAAAUGUGUUAAGCCAUCAGUUCACCUCUAACUUUGAGUCAUGGACAAAUAAGUGCCUUACAAAGAGACCCAAGGCACAGAUCCAUGAGACACAAGACGGUACAAGUCGUUCUGUAUCUGCUAUCAAAAGGCAGGUGGUUCCACCUACAAGAUUGUAACUGCAUUCAUUGAUGAACUGGAAUCCCUCAAAGAGUUCGAAAGAAACCAAGUCUUGAAACAAAGUUAGAGUUUAUCACAGAAUUUUGUUAAAAGGAUGUAAAAUCAAAAGUUUACCUCAUGCUGCGUCCAGUGCCCAGACGGAAACCAGGCCAUUGUGUAUUUUUGUCCCUUUAGCGAUGCCAAGUUAGUAGAGUUCUAAAGAAGCUGAAAAUUUCCACUAAUCUUUAUAGGAAGUUGAGCUGAGGGAUCUGGGAAAUAUUCCAAACUGGAAACAUUCUACAGGAAUAUAUGAGAAUUUGGUGGAAUUAACUGAAAAUUGGGGGUAAUUUUUAAAAUGAUCAUAUUCUAACAAAACGAACAUUUUGUUUUGUCAUAGGCAGUAGAUAAUUACAUUAAAAC